AUGAUUCAUUUAAUUUUCGCUACUGCAUGCUGUAACAGUGUGCAUUUAUGCAGAUAUUUUAGAGUGUGUGUGGAUGAGGCCAAAUACAAUAUCAAUUACAACAAUCCUAAAUAUAUUUUUUUGAACAGGAACAAUCCUAAAUAUUAAAAGACUGGGAAAACUACUUUGAAGUUCCAAUCGAUCAAUCAACGUGCAGAUUUCUCCUUUGCACUACUUUCAGGUGGAUUAUCCAAUCCUAAGCUUGUUGCAGUUUCAAACUUCAUCGCAUUUGCAAAUCCUAAAGCACCUGUAUAUCCACGCCUUGCUCAUGGAAAGUCUUGGAAUGAAAUGACAGUUACCUGGACAAGUGGAUAUGACAUAAAUGAAGUUGUCCCAUUUGUUGAAUGGGGUCCAAAGGGUGGAAAGCAGAUACAAUCUGCUGCUGGAACACUAACAUUCAAUCGUAACAGCAUGUGUGGUCAACCUACACGAACUGUUGGCUGGCGUGAUCCUGGUUUUAUACAUACAAGUUUUCUUAAAGAACUUUGGCCAAAUAUGAGGUACACCUACAGGUUAGGGCAUUUCUUAUCUGAUGGUUCUUAUGUAUGGAGUAAGAGGUAUUCAUUCAAGGCAUCUCCGUAUCCUGGACAGAACUCAUUGCAACGUGUUAUCAUAUUCGGUGACAUGGGAAAGGCUGAGCGUGAUGGUUCAAAUGAAUUUAGUAAUUAUCAACCUGGUUCACUUAACACCACCGACCAACUCAUCAAGGAUUUGGACAGUUUCGACAUUGUUUUCCACAUAGGAGAUCUUCCAUAUGCAAAUGGAUACAUCUCACAGUGGGAUCAAUUCACAGCUCAGGUGCAACAAAUUUCAUCAACUGUUCCAUAUAUGAUAGCAAGGUAUGCAACAGAUUAUGGCAUGUUUCAUUUCUGUAUAGCAGACAGUGAGCAUGACUGGAGAGAAGGAUCGGAACAGUACAAAUUCAUCGAGCAUUACCUUGCAACUGUAGAUAGAAAACAACAACCAUGGUUAAUAUUUGCAGCACAUCGCCCACUUGCUUACUCCUCUAAUGAUUGGUAUGCCGAGGAGGGUUCAUUUGAAGAGCCCAUGGGAAGGGAAAGUUUGCAGAGGCUUUGGCAGAAGUAUAAAGUAGACAUUGGAUUUUAUGGUCAUAUCCAUAACUAUGAAAGAGUGUGCCCUAUUUAUCAGAACCAAUGCGUGAACAAUGAAAAAUCUCAUUACUCUGGCACUGUGAAUGGAACAAUUCAUGUUGUUGUUGGUGGAGGUGGAAGUCACUUGUCAGACUUCACCACAGCACCUCCUAUUUGGAGUAUUUUCAGAGACAAAGACUAUGGUUUUGGCAAACUGACAGCAUUCAAUCACUCAUAUCUCUUGUUUGAGUACAAGAAAAGUAGUGAUGGAAAAGUCUACGACUCUUUUACCAUUUCCAGGGACUAUAGAGAUGUCUUGGCCUGUGUGCACGAUGGUUGUGUGAAAACCACCUUGCCAACCUGAGUUAUGUGUCUACUGUCUACAGUAAUUGACUGAUGUAGUAUUAGUAUUUUCAAAAAAAAAAUAAUAAUAACAGUUAUUAUGCUCGAUCUCCCAUUCUCCAUGCAUUAUGCAAGAUUCAUGAGGCAAAUAUAGAAACAAAAGGUAGUUACUACCCCAACACUGGUAGAUGUAUAAUGCAAGUUCUAAAAUUUACAAGAUAAUAGCAGUUAUGACUGUAAACAUUAAUUAAA